AUGAGUGGUUUUAACUGUUUUGAGAUAGUACCAUUACCUGGAGGUCGUGGUGAUAUAAGGAAACAUUUUGGCUUUCAAAUAGAUAGUAAUGAUACAGUGUUAAAUAAGAAACAAGUUUACUGUCGCGAGUGUAAGUCUAUUAUUGCGUACAGUGGUAAUGCUACUAAUUUAAAAUCACAUUUUUCCAACGGUGCAGCGCAUCAAAAAACAUCUUGUUCAUCGAGUGAUAUUCAAAAUUAUCUGGGGUUCGUAGUAAAGAGCUUACUAAAAGUUCGAUGGCAUUUGUCAUUAAACAUUCAAAGCCAAUUGGUAUCGUAG